UCAUUUCAUAGUCGAGAGUUGUAGUGCUGACAAUUGGAGAGUUACGAAGCAUUAUUUUAGAGAUAAUUUUAUUAAAUUUUUUUCUUUUCCUAUUUUAAUUUUUAUGAAAUAAUUUAUUUAUAAAAUUCAAUUCAAUAUUUAAAAUUUAAAUAAAAUGAAGGUUAGACAUAGAAAGUUAAAAACAAAAGAUGAAGAUAUUUCUGAAGCUGAUCCCAAAUUUCGAAUUAAGAAGAGUUAUCCAGGCAAAAGAUACUUUGUUGUUGUUGUCUUAUUGGGAAUUCUCUUCUUAGGAUACAUAGCAAUAGCAUAUGAUCUGAAGCCAAUACAUUUUGGUAGCAAGGCAAUUGAUACAUUAGCUUUUUCUUUCAAUCUACAAAAACCAUUUUAUGUUGUAAUAAUUGAUGCAGGUUCUACUGGUAGUCGUGCUUUAGCUUUUAGUUUUCAUGAAUCAAUCCUUGAUGGUAAUUUGGUUUUGGAUGAUGAACUUUAUACAGAAACAAAACCAGGUGUUAGUGCUUAUGUUGAAAGACCUAAAGAAGCAGCAAAAUCUUUGACUAUAUUGUUAAAUAAAGUCAAAGAAGUUGUUCCACAAUCAGAAUGGCAACAUACACCUCUCAGUAUGAAAGCUACUGCUGGUUUGAGACUUCUUCCUGGACACAAAGCUCAAGAAAUACUUCAAGAAUGUCGAAAAAUGUUUGAAGAAAGUGGUUUUCAGAUAUCUAAAAAUUCAAUUUCUAUAAUGGAUGGGACAGAUGAAGGUAUAUUCUCUUGGUUCACUGUAAAUUUUCUACUGGAACGUUUUAAUACACAUAGUCCUGGUAAUACAGUUGCUGCAUUAGAUCUCGGUGGAGGUUCAACACAAGUGACUUUUUCACCUAAUGCUAUGCAGGAAAAGAAACUCAGUGGACAUAUAUACUCUGUUAAUAUCUUCAGCCACAACAUGAGCGUUUAUACGCAUAGUUACUUGGGCUUGGGUCUAAUGGCAGCAAGGAAGGAGAUUCUAACACAUGGAUUGAUCUUGGAUAAUGUAAACCUAAAAAAUAAAAUAGAAGUACGAUCUGAAUGUGUAAAUCCCAUAGUUUCGACGGAAUGGAAUUAUGGCGGAUUUAAUUAUCUCGUUAAAGGACCUGUAAAUGGAACUCAUAAACUGGUAAAAAUACAAAACUUUGCUGGUGGAGAAGUGGAUAGGCCAAUUGUCAAUUUCUCAGAAUGUUUAAAAAUUAUUGAAAAAUAUGUUGGCAAAAUUAAGAAUAAACCGGAAGGCUUAAAAGAUCAUGAGAUCUACGCAUUUUCUUACUAUUUUGAUCGUGCUACCGAGGUAAGUCUUGUUGAUCCUUUUUCUGGUGGAAUUACUCAAGUAAGUGCAUUUCUGAAACAAGCAAUGGAUGCUUGUGAUUAUCCAAAUACUGAGCAACCUUUCACUUGUCUCGAUUUGACAUUUAUUUAUAUUCUUCUUCGUGAUGGAUUUGGUCUGGAUCCAACUACAAAACUUUAUCUUUAUAAAAAGAUCAAUGGACAUGAAUUAAGUUGGGCUCUUGGGGCUGCAUUCAACAUUAUCCAAAAUGGCCUUUAACGCAUCCAAAAUAUAGGAAAAGGGAUUAUAAAUAUUUUUACAUAAGAUUAAAAAAAUUUAAUAAAUUUUUUUUAUCUAUA